GUGCGGCCACCCCGGCGGAGGCGGCGGGCGCGGGGCGCGCUCUGAGGCCCGGGGGAUGCGCGGCCGCCGCCGCCUCCACCAUGGGCGGCGCCGCCUCUCGGAGGAGGGCGCUGCGGAGCGAGGCCAUGUCCUCGGUGGCGGCCAAAGUGCGCGCAGCGCGAGCGUUCGGCGAGUACCUCGCCCAGAGUCACCCUGAGAGCCGCAACGGAGCAGACCACCUGCUGGCAGACGCCUAUUCCGGCCACGACGGCUCCCCCGAGAUGCCCGCGCCUCCCCAGAACAAGCGCCGCCUGUCCACGGUGUCCAGCGGCUGCUACGACGGCGGCAGCCCCCCGGUGGAGGCUGUGUGCAGGGGGCCGCCCGGCGGGAGCCCCCCGCAGCCCCGGGUGUACACCAUCUCCGGGGAGCCCGCCCUGCUGCCCAGCCCCGAGGCCGCCGAGGCCAUCGAGCUGGCGGUGGUGAAGGGGCGCCCACCGCCGCAGGAGCGGCACCCGCACCACCACCACAGCCAGCCGCUGCGGGCCAGCCCUGGCAGCAGCCUGGAGGACGUCAGCAGGUCCUGUCAGAGCUGGGCAGGCAGCCGCCAGGCCUCCAGAGAGUGUCCUGGCUGUGCCCAGCCGGCGCCCAGCCCUUCCCCUCGGCAGUUCCCCAUGGACCAGCAGCCGCACGCAGAGCCCACCAACCGCCGCAAGAAGCUGGAGAGGAUGCACAGUGUGGACCGUGUGACAGAUGAGACCCCGAUCCGUACCUGGUUCCCAAAGGAAAACCUCUUCAGCUUCCAGACAGCAACCACAACUAUGCAAGCGGUGUUCAGGGGCUACGCGGAGAGGAAGCGCCGGAAACGGGAGAAUGAUUCCGCGUCGGUAAUCCAGAGAAACUUCCGCAAACAUCUGCGAAUGGUGGGCAGCCGUCGUGUGAAGGCCCAGACCUUUGCUGAGCGGCGGGAGCGGAGCUUCAGCAGGUCCUGGAGCGACCCCACCCCCAUGAAAGCCGACACUUCCCACGAUUCCCGAGACAGCAGCGAUCUGCAGGGCUCUCACUGCACCCUGGGCGACACCUUCGAUGACCUGGACUGGGAGACAGAAAAAGGCCUUGAGGCUGUGGUCUGUGACUCUGAGGGAUUUCUGCCACCCAAGGUCAUGCUCAUCUCAUCCAAGGUGCCCAAAGCUGAGUACAUCCCCACCAUCAUCCGCAGGGAUGACCCGUCAAUUAUCCCCAUCCUCUAUGAUCACGAGCAUGCCACCUUCGAAGACAUCUUGGAGGAGAUCGAGAAGAAGCUGAAUGUCUACCACAAAGGAGCCAAGAUCUGGAAGAUGCUCAUUUUCUGCCAGGGUGGCCCUGGGCACCUGUACCUUCUCAAGAACAAGGUGGCGACCUUUGCCAAAGUAGAAAAGGAAGAAGACAUGAUCCAUUUCUGGAAGCGUUUGAGCCGCCUGAUGAGCAAAGUGAACCCUGAGCCCAACGUCAUCCACAUCAUGGGCUGCUAUAUUCUGGGGAACCCCAAUGGCGAGAAGCUCUUCCAGAACCUCAGGACUCUCAUGACCCCGUACAGGGUCACCUUUGAGUCCCCCCUGGAGCUGUCAGCCCAAGGGAAGCAGAUGAUCGAGACCUACUUUGACUUCCGGAUGUACCGCUUGUGGAAGAGCCGGCAGCACUCCAAGCUGCUGGACCUGGAGGAUGUCCUAUGAGCGGAGCUGAUGGCGCUCAGGGUCCCCCAACGGGGCAGCCCCUCUCCCAGGGCACCCGGGAACCAGCACCACACCCUCCCCUGCGGCUCCCUGUGACCAGUGACCGUGUGGCCCCACCUGUUCCGUCCGGUCCGAUCACCAGCACCAGGACAGCCCCACUGGCCCAAGGCAGCGCCCAAGUCUGCGCUUUCUCUUCCUGUGCUGCCCGACGUUGGCAGUACAGUGGCGACUGGGGCCAGUCCGCACCCGGUCCUGGACCACCCCGCUGCCGCUCUGCUGUGGGCAGAGCUUUUUCCCCAGCAGAGGCCUGGAGGGUGGAGGCUGGCCAGGGCUGGCCCUGGCACAAACCCCACUAUGCAGUAGGUCCUUGGACCCUGCGCCCAGGCCUGGCACCAAGCCUCUGGUGGACUGCGGGCUCUGGCUUCACCCAGACCGCUCCUAUACAUAGCUGGGGCUUGGGGGCAGGCCCCCCUUCCAGAGCCUGGGUCUGAGGUUGUCUGGCUGUGCCCUGGGCCGAGGCCACACUGCGGCAUGUGCUGGGCUCUGGUCGUGUACGAUCCCCUAGAGUGACCAUUAAACCAAACCCCUCUGCCACUGA